AUGGCCGAGAAAAUGCUUGUUAUGACCAGCAACGAUGGCAAGAACAUCGAAGUCCCCCGCGAUGUUGCCGAACGUUCUCUUCUCAUCAAGAACAUGCUCGAGGACCUGGGUGACCCCACAGAGCCCAUUCCCAUUCCCAACGUCUCGGAAAAUGUUUUGAGCAAGGUUCUCGAAUGGUGCGCCCACCACCGGAACGACCCUCCCAGCUCUGCGGAUGAUGACGAUUCGCGCCGCAAGACUACGGAUAUUGAGGAGUGGGACCAGAAGUUCAUGCAGGUUGACCAGGAGAUGCUCUUUGAGAUAAUCUUGGCCGCCAACUACCUUGACAUCAAGCCUCUCCUUGACAUCGGAUGCAAGACUGUCGCCAACAUGAUCAAGGGCAAGUCCCCCGAGGAAAUCCGCAAGACUUUCAACAUCCAGAACGACUUCACCCCCGAGGAAGAGGACCAGAUCCGCCGCGAGAACGAAUGGGCCGAGGACCGCUAAAAAUUCUCAUUUUGGGAUGGUUUCCUCUGCUCUUUUUGUGGACUGCUAACCGGCCCCAAUGACAAAGCAUGAUGAGUUAGUUUCUGAACUUCAAUAUCAAACAAGGGUCCUCUGGCUCCACGGCGUUAUGGGAUACUACAACUCAGCGGUUUCGUCUUGCUUGUUAAUCUUUUGCCCUCCAUGAUCACGUUACCCAAUGUCAUUAGUCUGCUUUU